UGCGUCCAUUAAUUUGCUUUUUUCUCUACCUCUCAAGUCAUUCAUUCUACAGUCUUCCAUCCUUCUUAUCUUUCAUCAGGAAAAGUUCUUUCAAUUUCAAAUUCCUUCACUCUAAAAAUGGCUAGCCAAUCAAACACUAAAUCAUCAGUUCAUGAUUUCACAGUUAAAGAUGCCAGGGGAAAUGAUGUUAAUCUGGGAGAUUACAAAGGAAAAGUUCUUCUCAUUGUCAAUGUUGCCUCACAAUGUGGCUUGACUAAUUCAAACUACACAGAGCUGAAUCAAGUGUAUGAUAAAUACAAAGGGAAAGGACUUGAAAUUCUGGCAUUCCCUUGCAAUCAGUUUGGGGCUCAGGAACCAGGAACUAAUGAAGAGAUAGUGGAAUUUGCUUGUACUCGCUUCAAAGCUGAGUUUUCCAUUUUUGACAAGGUGGAUGUGAAUGGUGACAAUGCUGCUCCACUGUACAAAUUUCUGAAAUCAAGCAAAGGUGAAGUCUUAGGAGAUAGUAUCAAAUGGAACUUCUCUAAAUUUCUUGUUGACAAGGAUGGGAAUGUGGUUGACCGUUAUGCACCAACAACUUCUCCUCUAAGCAUUGAGAAAGACAUCAAGAAGCUGUUCAUCAUGAAUGUGGAGUGGUCACUGAAUGAAUAUCAUCAUGAAUAAGAAAAAUGUAUUGCACAUAUAAGUGGAAUUUCCACAAUAUUUCUACUUCCAUAUGUACCUGAGUUGCUGUUCAUCUUCAUAAAAUUGUGACUAAUAAUUUGAUUGCUUUAA